UUACUACAAAAACAUGAAAUUCAUGUCUCCACGGCCACAAUCCACAGCCUCCCUGUUCUCUCAGUAAACCAAAAAAAAUAAAAUAGCAGGAAUGCAAGAAGAAGGAGAGAUGGUGACACCAGGAGAAGUAUUAGGCAAAGCAACAGAACUAAAAGCAGGAAAAGGAGCCUACAUAGGAUCAUAUCGCGACACUGAUAUACAAUACCUCUUCUCUUCUCUCACUGGUAUCCGCCGCACUCUAUCUCCUUCUCCUGACUCUCCUGACCAGAGACCAACUGUUGAAGUAACUGGACACAAGGCCCAUGGUGCUGUUCCGGAGCCUGGAUCUGUUGUCAUUGCCAGAGUUACUAAAGUGAUGGCAAAAACAGCUUCGGCUGAUAUAAUGUGUGUUGGUCCUAAGUCUGUGCAAGAGAAGUUUACUGGCAUAAUUAGACAACAAGAUGUAAGAGCAACUGAGAUUGACAAAGUGGAUAUGCAUUUAUCAUUUCGGCCUGGUGACAUUGUCAGAGCUCUUGUUCUAUCACUUGGAGAUGCACGAGCUUAUUAUCUUUCAACUGCGAAGAAUGAAUUAGGUGUUGUGUCUGCAGAGAGCGCAGCUGGUGCAACAAUGGUUCCCAUAAGUUGGACAGAGAUGCAAUGCCCAUUGACAGGCCAAAUUGAGCAAAGAAAAGUCGCCAAGGUUGGAAGUUGGUACAGUUACCAAAAGAAGAAGAAAACAAGCUUCUGCUUAGACCGCAUGAAGGAAGGAAUCAGGCAGUAUUCUGUGGAGAAAGGAACAGAAGAAGUAAUAAACAAGGCAAACAGGUUGAACAUGAAAGGUAAAAUGCGUCUCAUGCUUCUCUUAGCUGCCAAAGCAAAGGAGAUGCAUCCCUUGCUUGAAAGCAAAUUUGGCACAAUUUGCUCCAUUCUUUUCUCUAAGGGAACUUGCAAGUUUUAUUACCCCGCUAGAUGGUGUUUGAGAUGGCAAAUGAAUGCAACUGAUUUUGUCGAAUGGUAUGUUUCAGACGAUGAAAUCAUUGACACACAGUGUCAGUCCUUAACAAGCUCGAGUUUUUCGGUUGCUGCUGACACAUUUAUAACUGAACUAAACACAAUGCCUUGUCUUCCCGUCCUCCUUCAACCACUGCCAGCUCUCUCUUCUUCCUCUCCUACCCUUCUCUUUCUCCAAAAUCCACACCACGUCCCUUCUGUAACCUCUCUUAAAAAACCCAAAAAGAUUCUCCGCUCAAAACCUCUUAAAAUCCCACCUUUUGCCCUGACAGAAUCAUCAGACUCUCCUCAAUCUAUUGACCCUUCUCCACAACCCCUCCUUCAAGAGCUCUCUGACUGCUUUGAUCUUCCGCCAGAUUAUUUCCAACAAUUACCGAGUGAUCUUCGAUUAGAUUUAAAUGAUGCAGCUUUUGAUCUUUCGAAUGGACCAGUUCUUGAUGAGUGCGGUAAAGAGCUGGGAGAACUCUUGUUAAAUCUCUCUAGAGCAUGGGAGCUGGGUGACACAUCUACUUCCCAAGCUUUAGCGAGCAAUUUGCCUAUGCUGGAGAGCUCUUUAACAAACAAUGCUAAAUCAGCAUUUGGCAAACGUUUGGUAUCUGCUGGAAGGAGGUUCCAAUCCAUGGGACAGUAUGGUCAGGGUGAGCUGCAGAAAAUUGCACAAACAAUGAUUACAACGGGAAAGCUUCUUUCUGCAAGUUCAAUACCAAUGGAAACUGAUGAGGAAUUGAAGAAAGAAACAAAAGUCUUCAAGUUUGGAGAACUACAGGUUGAAAUAACACCACAGAAAGCUAAUAUUGGGGCUGUCAUUGGACUUAUAUUUGGGAUUGUUUCAUGGGAACUAGCUCAAGGCAUCCAAAGCAUUCCAGAAAGUUCAUUGGAGUAUGCAAACGACAAUGCUUUACUUCUGGCUAAGUCUCUAAGAGGAGCUCUACUUGCCCUUUGCUACUCAUCAGCCUUUCUGUCUGCUUGUACCACUGUGGCACUUUUCUUACUUGCAAUCUCUCUCUCUCUCCCCUCUUCCAACAUGGCCUGCUCAGCCUCAGACCUAGCACCUCUCCUCUCCACCACUGUGAACUCCACAGAAGCUGCCACCUACUUAUGCUCCCAGUUCAGCAGCAUAGCCAACCAGCUCUCAGACACAACCUAUGCAGUCAACAACACUUAUCUCCUUUUCUCUGCCUACCUGGUCUUUGCUAUGCAACUUGGCUUUGCCAUGCUUUGUGCUGGCUCUGUGAGGGCCAAGAACACCAUGAAUAUAAUGCUCACUAAUGUUCUUGAUGCUGCUGCCGGUGGCCUUUCUUACUAUCUCUUUGGAUAUGCCUUUUCCUUCGGCUCCCCUAGCAAUGGCUUCAUUGGCCGCCAUUUCUUUGGUUUGAGAGAGUUUCCUUCUUCUCAAGCCGACUAUAGUUUCUUCCUUUAUCAAUGGGCUUUUGCUAUAGCUGCUGCUGGCAUCACUAGUGGCUCCAUCGCUGAGAGAACCCAAUUCGUUGCUUACCUCAUAUACUCCUCCUUUUUAACUGGCUUUGUUUACCCAGUUGUUUCUCAUUGGUUUUGGUCCGGUGAUGGUUGGGCCAGUCCGGUUAAAUCUGAUAAUAAUCUCCUAUUCGGUUCGGGUGCUAUUGACUUUGCCGGUUCAGGUGUGGUUCACAUGGUUGGAGGAAUAGCUGGUUUCUGGGGUGCUCUCAUCGAAGGCCCACGUAUUGGCCGGUUUGACAGGAGCGGUCGGUCCGUGGCAUUACGCGGUCAUAGCGCUUCACUCGUGGUGCUUGGUUCGUUUUUGCUGUGGUUCGGGUGGUACGGGUUCAACCCCGGUUCGUUUUUGACAAUUUUGAAGAGUUAUGGCGAUAGUGGCGGGUAUUACGGCCAGUGGAGCGCUGUAGGAAGGACAGCUGUCACUACAACACUGGCCGGGUGCACAGCAGCCCUUACUACCUUGUUUGGCAAAAGACUAUUAGUUGGCCAUUGGAAUGUCCUUGAUGUUUGCAAUGGUUUAUUGGGAGGUUUUGCUGCAAUCACCGCAGGGUGUUCAGUGGUAGAACCAUGGGCUGCAAUCAUCUGUGGCUUUGUUGCAUCUUGGGUUUUAAUUGUGUGUAAUAAGCUGGCAGAGAAAUUAAAGUAUGACGACCCCUUAGAGGCGGCCCAAUUGCACGGCGGAUGUGGCACGUGGGGGUUGCUGUUCACCGGGUUGUUCGCGAAGGAGGCGUUUGUGAAUGAGGUGUAUCCAAACAAGGCAGGGCGGCCAUAUGGGCUAUUAAUGGGUGGUGGUAGGAAGCUAUUGGCAGCCCAGAUUAUCCAGAUCCUGGUGAUAUCAGGGUGGGUCACGAUGACAAUGGGGCCAUUGUUCUACGGGCUAAAGAAGCUGAAUUUAUUAAGGAUCUCAAGUGAGGAUGAGAUGGCAGGCAUGGAUCUGACAAGGCAUGGUGGGUUUGCCUAUAUAUACCAUGAUGAUGAUGAUCAAUCAGGGAAGCCAUCUUCUUUUAUGAUGAGAAGAGUUGAGCCUGCUGGUGAAAACACACCUCGUCGAAACUUAUCACCCAUUAGCGCGUGACUACAAUUUAGGUAUUACAGUUGCAAUUUCCAGAAAGAGAUUAAAAAAAAAAAAAGAAUUCAUCUUGAUAUAAUAGAAGGGAGUGUUCGGGUGAAUUAGAAAAAAUAAUUGAACUGCCCAUAGGAGUGAUGUGAAUGGGUGGUGACCUUAGAGUGCUGUUGUUGCUGAUUUCCAUUGAAAGAGAAGGUGAGGAGUUUCACC